AUGAUAAAUUAAUAAGUAAACUCUACAAAAACAGAACCAGUAUAAAUUAAUUAUGAUUAAAUGAAAGGUCCAUUUUAAUAUGCACCAUUUACUAUUGAUCAUCCAGGAUAACCUGAAGAUGAUUUCUCAGUCAAAGACCCAACUGUAAAGACCUUAGAUCGAUCUAGAUUGUGUUUAUCCCCUUUUAAUGUUAAUCAUGAGGUUUCCUUCUUAUUUUCAUUUUUAAGAUUUCUAAUGAAAGGAUUUCCUUCAUCUAAGAACCAAGCAACUUUCAAUUAUUGGCAUUCACCUAAAAAAGUCAAGAGACUACUAAAGGUUUCUAGAAUCAGAAGAAACUCAAACCCAGAUUUGCAGAACUUCUCAAAGCCAAAAUCAACAUCAAUGAAAAAGUAAGGAAAUAUUCCUAUAUUUUUGAUCUGGGCCAAUCGGACAGCAUUCCAUCAUGUAAUAAAUGUGUUGAGUUUUAGUUGUCCUGUUGCCCAAUUCAAAACUACAUAAAUAUUGGAGUCUCAUUUAUUUAUUGAUAAUGAUAGUUCAGGUUAUAAUCAUUCCGUUAAAGCUCGCACACAUUUAUGUUAUAUUUCUCACUCUCAAACUUGUCGAUGCCCUCUUGAACUCAAUUUCAACAUUUGCAAAUAAUGGAUAAAUUGA